CCGUGCGCCGCGCGUUCCYGGCCCGCGCGUUCUGGGAGCGGCUCUGGCCGCGGGAGGAGCCGCCCGGCCCCACGGCGUCGUGUCGGCGCUGUCUUUCGGUCGCCGCAGGUCAGGGCGGUCGGCGGCGAGUUAACAAGUGUUUAAAACCCGGGCUAAACCAGAAGAUCAGAAGUGGGACCUCUCGGAGUCCAUCCAUCGAUCCYGAGGCAGAGGAUGCUGCUCAAACUCCGGGAGCUUUGAACCUCGCAGCUCUCCAUACUGCGGACCAUUCGGACCCGGCGUGGCUUCGUUCCCGCGCUUUCUGGCGUGCCGGGGUCAAGGAGCGCCGCGCAGGCGCACUGAGCCGAGGCGGUGGCCAUGGGCGAGGCAGGAGGCGCUGAGGAGGCCUGCCGGCACAUGGGAACCAAAGAAGAGUUCGUUAAAGUCAGAAAGAAGGACCUGGAACGGCUGACAACUGAAGUGAUGCAAAUACGGGACUUCUUACCUAGAAUACUAAAUGGGGAGGUACUGGAAAGCUUCCAGAAAUUAAAGAUUGUAGAAAAAAACCUGGAAAGGAAGGAGCAAGAAUUAGAGCAGCUGAAACUGGACUGUGAGCAUUUCAAAGCCCGCCUGGAAACGGUGCAGGCCGACAGCGGGAGGGAGAAGAAGGAGAAGCUGGCUCUUCGACAGCAGCUGAAUGAAGCAAAGCAGCAGCUCCUACAGCAGGCAGAAUAUUGUACAGAAAUGGGAGCGGCCGCCUGCACCCUCCUGUGGGGUGUCUCCAGCAGCGAGGAAGUUGUCAAAGCCAUUCUGGGAGGAGAUAAAGCUUUGAAGUUUUUCCGCAUCACUGGCCAGACAAUGGAAAGUUUUGUGAAGUCACUGGAUGGGGAUGUCAAGGAACUCGAUUCUGAUGAAAAUCAGUUUGUUUUUGCUUUGGCUGGAAUUGUAACAAAUGUUGCUGCAAUAGCAUGUGGUCGUGAAUUCUUGGUUAAUUCCAGUCGGGUGCUCUUGGACACAAUGUUGCAGCUGCUGGGGGACUUGAAGCCCGGACAGUGCACCAAACUUAAAGUGUUAAUGUUGAUGUCCCUGUACAAUGUGAGCAUCAAUUUGAAAGGCUUGAAAUACAUCAGUGAGAGCCCUGGAUUCAUUCCUUUGCUCUGGUGGCUUUUGAAUGAUCCAGAUGCAGAGGUGUGUCUUCACGUACUGAGGCUAGUCCAGUCUGUGGUUCUGGAACCAGAAGUCUUCUCCAAGUCGGCCUCCGAGUUCCGGAGCUCCCUGCCCCUGCAGCGCAUCCUGGCCAUGUCUGAGAGCCGCAACACCCACCUGCAGACAGCGGCCCAGGAGCUCCUGGAAGACCUCCGUGCCUUGGAGCAGGAUGUAUAGGUGCACUUGGCCACCAAGGGGCUUGGUGAGAAUGCCAGUGUCCCUCCCCUCYCCAAGUCCCUCACUUUGUAUUCAAAGCCAUCACCGUGUGCUGUGUGUUAGAGACAGCUAUCUGCGAUGGACUAGAGAUGGACGUGAAUGAUAUGUAUCCCACAUCUGUGCUACCUAGAAGAGCCUUUCUUAGAGCAGUGGCUUGCUGCCCAGUGGACUACCAUGACCUGUAGGUCACUGCAAAGAUGGAGAUUAGAUAACCCUCUACCUCAUGGUCAGCAUUUUUCUAAGAUACAUUUCUUUGAAAAGCAAUUCAUUCUCUCUAGUAAUUAUAAAAUCUCCAAAAUGCAGGUUUACCUUUGUGACCUUUUGGUGACCUUGCUAUUUCAGAUGACAUUGGACAUUUUAGGUCUUUAUUUUUUGUGCCUCUUUUAUUUUUGAAUAAAGAAAGUCAGAUGA